CUCACGUUGUAGACGCAGAGGGAGGUGCUGAGGGAGGAAGGGGGUCCUCCCCCUGCUCCCACUAUUCCCGCUGCUGCCGCCGCCGUCGCCGCCGCCGCUCUCACCCCGGGACGCGGUCACAGCCCGCGGGCCUCUUUGCCUUGGGAGCUGUGCGCGGUGAGGUCCGCGGCGGUGGCGAGCGAGGAGACCGCGGGCUCGGAGUGAGCGCGGCCCGGGAAUCCGCGUGACGGGAACAGCACCAUCAUCAUCAGCAGCAGCUCGACAUAGUCGCGUUCAACCCUUGCCCCUCGUCACUUUCGACUCUUACCAGCAGUUUCACCUGACCCUCAUCGCUAGCACUCUUCAUCGUCAUCCAGCUCCACCUCCCGCGUGACAACGGAGUGCGCCGCCUGUCCACCCGCACACCGCCCAUCCGCUCCACCCCACAACCCUCGGCACGCACACCUGGGGGGGUGGGGGGUCCGAAAGCGGUCGCCCGCCGUGUCCGCUCAGUUCACCCCCCUCGUCCUCCCCUUUCUCGCUCGCUCGCUCUCCGUGCCCCGGCGCCCUCAGCAUGGACGUGCUGGAGGAGCUGCAGGGCGAGCGGGUGCUGAUCCUGUCGCGGGUGGGCGCCGCGGAGCUCUCCCUGGAAGCGGUGGACGCCGAGGCGCGCCGCUCCACGCAGCAGCUGGUGCUCACGCACAACGCGCUGGCUCGGCUGCCCCCGGCGCUGUCCUCCUUCACGGCGCUCACCUUCCUCGACGUGAGCUCCAACGCGCUGGUGGCGCUGCCCGAGGAGCUGCUGGCGCUCGCCUCCCUGCGCACGCUGCUCGCCAAGAACAACCGCCUGGACGCCUCGUCCCUGCCCAAGGACUUCGGCCGCCUCUCCAGCCUCGAGUCGCUGAACCUGUCGGGCAAUCGCUUCUGCGAGCUGCCGCCGCAGCUGCUGUCGCUCGGCCGCUUGCGCUCGCUCUCGCUGGGCGGCAACCGCCUUCGCUCCAUCCCGUCCGAGAUCUCCCGCCUCUCGGCCCUCGAGGUCCUCUACUUGGGGGGCAACGCCAUCUCGUCGGUGCCUCCCGAGCUGUCGCUGCUGCCCCGACUCGCCUGCCUGGGCCUCUGCGACAACCGCGUGCAGAGCAUCCCGCCCGAGUUCGCGCAGAUGCACGCCCUGCGCUCGCUCAGCCUGCACAACAACCUGCUCAUGUACCUACCGCGGGAGAUCCUCCACCUGGUGGGGCUGGCCGAGCUCAGCCUGCGCGGGAACCCGCUGGUCGUGCGCUUCGUGCGCGACCAGGCGUUCCGCCCGCCCGCCCUGCUCGAGUUGGCGGCCCGCGCCGUCCGCGCGCACUCCGUGCCCUACACGAGCGCCGAGCUGCCGGCGCACGUGGCGCGCUACCUGGACUCGGCCAGCAAGUGCCCCAACCCGCGCUGCGCCGGUGUCUACUUCGACGCGCGCGUCCGGCACAUCAAGUUCGUGGACUUCUGCGGCAAGUACCGCCUGCCGCUCAUGCAUUACCUGUGCUCGCCGCAGUGCUCCUCGCCGCCCGGCGGCUCCACCUCGCCCAGCGACGCCGAGUCCGAGGACGACUCCGCGGGCCGCGUGGAACCCAGGCACGUGCAGAAGGUGCUGCUGGGAUAGCGGAACGGCGGCGGCGGCACCACGCUGCGGGCUCUCG